AUGUUAAAAUUCUGCUGUGACGGUGCCAGUGUGAGUAAGGAAUCAUCCACGGCCACGCUCGCCAUAGCAAUCAAGCAGUUCGUCAGCACUUGUUUCCCGUCUGCGAUAUUCAAUCUGAUGCGACUGGAAACUUGCACUAUCAUUGGCUUCGCUACCGAGGCCAGUUUAUCGUCACGCCAGAACACUGGAAAGAUCACGAAGACGCAUUUUGAAUUGAAAAACUCCCAAACUGCUGCCAGUGGUGUGACCAGCAAGGACCAGCAGCGCUGCACCCGCACCGGUCGAAAUACGAGUCUUGCGAAGUGCCGAUUGCAGUACUCUAGUAACCGUGAACAAUGCACAAGCAGACCGUGCCAAAAUCCAGACGAGAUCAAGAAGGCCGCGGGGAAACUCGCCAUGAAUUACAAGCAUUACCUUGCGGACCAGGCCCUGCCGCCUAUUGAACGGACAGACAAGGCACAGUUGGCCGAGCGUCUUGGUGAAUGUUGA